AUGGCGGACCACGUUUUAUCAAAGCGAAAUAAGAACAAACUUGUCCAUGAAAACCACAUUUACGUUUUCUCCAAAAAAACAAAAAAUGGAGAACAUGGGAUAUGGGUGCGCGAACUCCGAUCAAGCUGCAAGGGUCGAGUAUGGACAAACGGAAAAGAUGGUGAAGUGGUGAAAACAGUUACGCAUCAUAACCAUGCAGCACAAGCUGCCAGGCCAGCAGCCAUUCGAUUGGUUACGACGGUAAAGGAGCGUGCCGCAACGACACAGGAGAGCCCACAUCAAAUUAUAGCAAAUGUCAUCCCACAAGCUCACGCAGAUGUUGCUGCAAUCAUGCCAAAAAAGGAUGCAUUGAAGAAAACGAUCCGCAGAGCCAGACGAGAUGAAGAAGCACCUGCGCUUCCAAGAAAUAUGCAAGAAUUGGUGAUUCCCCGAGGUUUUAGUGAAAUCGUUAUUGAUGGUGAAGUGCAACAGUUUCUAAUGUACGAUUCGGAGAAUCAACUGAUGCCAGGAAGGAUCCUCAUCUUUUCAACCAGAAGCAACCUUCAUCUUUUGGCCCAAAGUCAAGAAUGGUUUGCAGAUGGCACGUUCAGUACCGCACCAGCUAUUUUUGAACAACUUUACACCCUCCACGCCAUCAAAAACAGUGCCGUUGUUCCGCUAGUGUACGCUCUCUUACCGAAUAAAACAAGAGCUACGUAUGUUACAUUUUUACAACAAUUGAAACGUUUGCAACCUGGACUGCAACCAACUCAACUCAUGACGGAUUUCGAACUCGCUGCCAUGCAAGCAUUUGAAUUGGAGUUUCCAGGUAUUUUAAAGACUGGAUGUUUUUUCCAUUUAUCGCAAUCCGUUUGGAGAAAGGUGCAAAGUGAAGGCCUCAAAGCUCGCUACGAGAAUGACCAUGAGUUCGCUCGAUGGAUUAGAAUGAUUCCUGCUUUGGCGUUUGUUCCUGAACAUAACGUAAGCGACUCAUUCACCGAAUUACUUGAAACCGAAGGAUUUCCUGAAGAGGCUGUACCCAUAGCGAAUUAUUUCGAAGACACAUAUAUUGGUCGAAGACUACGUCGUGGGCGUCAAAUUCCACUAUUUCCAACUCAAAUUUGGAAUGUUUAUCAGCGCACUCUUAACGACCAACAUCGCACAAAUAAUCACGUGGAGGGAUGGCACCGCGCUUUUCAAGAAACUUGUGGGUCCCAAUUUCCAAAUAUUUUUCGUUUUAUUGAAUGUUUGCGGAAGCAGCAAGGUAUUCAUAAUUACGAAAUAAUACAAUCCAUUGCAGGAAAUCAAGGAAAUCCAAGAAACAAGAAGUAUGUUGCAAUAUCAGCUCGAAUCAAAAGAAUCGUUGAAGAUUUUGAAGAUCGCCAUCUUACCGAUUAUUUGCAUGGGAUAGCGUACAACUUCGAAUUUUGA